CACUCACUCCUAACGGAAUUUUUCUUACUUCUCUCUCUCUCUCUCCAUCAUCAUUCAUGUUGUUUUCUUCUACCAAGCUAGCCUAGCUUCUUCAUCUCCUUCAAUUUGUCUUCUCUUCAUUAAUUCCAAUUGUCUUUAAACCGCUAUCUCAUCAGCAUGAUGAAGAAAGUCAAGUGUGGUGGGUAUUAAUGGUGGUGGUGAAUUUGAUGCAGUACCAGUAAUUGCUAUCAUGGAGUCGAUGGAGUCAUGUGUCCCACCAGGGUUUCGGUUCCACCCAACAGAUGAAGAGCUUGUUGGUUAUUAUCUCAGGAAGAAAGUCGCUUCUCAGAAAAUUGACCUUGAUGUUAUCAGAGAGAUCGAUCUAUAUCGUAUUGAACCAUGGGAUCUCCAAGAGAGAUGCAGGAUAGGGUAUGAAGAGCAGAAUGAGUGGUAUUUCUUCAGCCACAAAGAUAAAAAGUAUCCAACAGGGACAAGAACUAAUAGAGCUACCAUGGCUGGGUUUUGGAAGGCGACAGGAAGAGACAAAGCAGUGUAUGAAAGAGCAAAACUUAUUGGGAUGAGGAAGACCCUUGUUUUCUACAAAGGAAGAGCCCCUAAUGGACAGAAAAGUGAUUGGAUCAUGCACGAGUAUAGGCUUGAAUCUGAUGAGAAUGGACCUCCACAGGAGGAAGGUUGGGUUGUGUGCAGAGCCUUCAAGAAGAAAACCACUGGGCAAACGAAGACUAUAAAUAUUGAAGGAUGGGAGUCAAGCUACUUCUAUGACGAAGCAAGUGGGGCAACAAGCACUUUGGUCGAUCCAAUUGAACUCAUUUCAAGGCAAUCUCAGAGCUUUCUGGCUCAAAAUUUCAUGUGCAAGCAAGAGCUAGAAGCAGAUAACUUGACUUGCAUGCAUCAAGAUCCGUUUGUGCAACUUCCUCAGCUAGAAAGCCCGUCUUUGCCACUAGUAAAGAAGCCAAGCACAGUGUCCCUAGUAUCAGACAAUAAUAACGAAGGUGAAGACAAUCAAAACAGGUUGUUAUUCAACAACAACAACACAAAGAAAGUCACUACUGAUUGGAGAGCCCUUGACAAGUUUGUAGCCUCUCAACUAAGUCAAGAAGUAAACACGCAUGAAACUAAUGUUGGAGUACUCUCAUCAAGCUUUGAACCCCAUGAUGAUAACCACGACAUGGCACUGCUGCUACUGCAGAGUAGUAGGGAUGAAGGGAACAGGUUAAGCCCGUUUCUAAAUACAAGCUCCGACUGUGACAAUGGGAUAUGCGUAUUCGAAAAAUGAUCCAAGAAGAAAAAGAAGUGCGUGGAAACGAUUUUUAAUUAUUUGUAGUAGUACCAUGUGUUAAAUUAAUGUUCUAUGGAUGCUGGGACAAAGACAUACUAUAUUUUUGUAAAAAAAAAAUAUGUGUGGAUCAGAAGAAUUAAAACUCUCUAUAUAUGCCCUUCUGCGUGAGUGAAGCAUGUGUGCGCAAAUUGAGAUGCAUGCGUCCAAGUGGCUCUAGAAUUUAGGUAGUUUUUUAUAUAUAUUUUAAGUUAUCACGAUAAGCAGAAGGUACAGUAAUAGCCUUGCCAUAAAACGAGUCUUCUAGGCUCUCAUGCCUAAGAAGGCAGGUGUGACAGCAUAUGUUUGUGAUCCUUCAGAAUUCUGCUGCUAUUUUAAAAUGCCUGUGUAUUCUUUAAUUUUCUCUGCUUAAGCAUGUUGUACAAUUGUUCUGCA